AUGCAAGAAACAAUAGGAGAUACGACAUAUAAUUGGAAUGAUGUCACAAGCAAAUUUGCUGACUUAUGUCGUCAUUUACCGACUGGUGAAGUUGUACGUGAUAGAGAUUUUUCAUUAUUUGAAGCAAUGACAGCACUUGAAUUAAUGGAUCCAAAAAUGGAUGGUGGUAUGUCAAUAAAAAAUCAUUUUCAAGAACAAAAACAAGGUAAUCGUAUAUUAACAUUAAAACAAUUAAUUGAUAAACAAUUAUUAAAAAUAACAAAAUUUACACCUAUGGAAUUAAUGCAUUUAUUUGAUCAAUUAUUAUCAACAUUUCAUAUGUGGCUUGAUGGACAUAGUCUUGCAUUAACAUUAUUUACUUGUGUUUAUUUACAUGAUGUAACAAUAAUUGAUGAUUAUUAUUUACGUACAAUAUGUUUUACAUUUAUUAAAUUAAUUGAUUAUAUACGUGAACGUAUUUUAUUAAAAGCGGGUUUAUUUGAAGAAGAAGAUUUUAGUGGAACAUUAACAUAUAAUUUUCCAUUUUAUCGUGAUAUUAUUAAAGAUCAAACAUGUUUAAUUGAUUUAAAAAAAUCUGAAGAUGAAUUAAAUAAACGUUUACGUUCAUUAAAACAUGAAGCAGAUUUAAAUCAAUUAGAUAUUAAUUCAACACAACAAUUAAUAUAUCGUAUGAAAUUUUUACGUUUAUUUUAUAGUUUAACACUUAAAUUUAAUGAAGCUAAUGAAAAAACAGGCGAACAAACUUAUUUAAAUAGUGAAGAAAUUUUAAAAUAUCUUAAACAAAUCGAUGAAAUGCUUCAACUCAUUCGACCGUCACAUGUUAUUGAAGAUGAUACUGUAAGUAUAUUAUAUUUUAUUACAAUUUAG